CGGGCGGCCGCACUGGGCAUGCUCAGUAGCUGGGGCAGGUUUUUCGGUCGCAAGUAGGAAGCUUUUUGCACUACACCGGAGAGGGGGAGCCGCGGAGCCAGCGCGCCGCCGUGCACCGCCGCCGCGCCCGCCCCAGCCCGGCCCGGCCCCGCGGCGGCGCGAUGAGCCUGAGCCCGAGCCGGCCCGCCGGGGAGUGAGCGCGGCGCGGAGGGCGCGUUGCGCAGCUGCUCCUGCGCACAACCCGGCCGGCGGCCCGCACCGGCAGGAGUGAGCGCCGGUCCGCGCCCCACCGGCGCCGGAGCCGAGCGGAGCAGGAAGCGCAGGCCACGCAGGGACCCAACUGAAACAAAGUGUCGGCCGCCGGCUGCGCGGCGCCUCGCCGGCCCUGCCCCGCGCCCCCCGCUCCACCGCCCACCAUGGCCUCCGAGGAGCUGUACGAGGUUGAAAGAAUCGUUGACAAAAGGAAGAACAAAAAAGGGAAGACGGAAUAUUUGGUCCGGUGGAAGGGCUACGACAGCGAGGACGACACCUGGGAACCGGAGCAGCACCUGGUAAACUGCGAGGAGUACAUCCACGACUUCAACAGGCGCCACACCGAGAAGCAGCGGGAGGGCCCCUUCACCAGGGCCAACCGGGCCUCCCCGAACAACGCCAGGAAGCAGAUUUCCAGGUCCACCAACAGCAGCUUUUCCAAGGCCUCUCCUAAAUCGCUAGUGGUCGGCAAAGAGCACGAGCCCAAGGCCAGCCCGCUGUUUGCCGCCAGCCAGAAGUUCAGGAAGAACCCAGCCCCGUCGCUCUCGAACCGGAAGAACAUGGACCUGGCCAAGUCAGGUAUAAAGAUCCUCGUGCCCAAGAGCCCCAUCAAGAGCAGGACCGCAGUGGACGGCUUUCAGAGCGAGAGCCCCGAGAAACUGGACCCCGUCGAGCAGGGGCAGGAGGACACGGUGGCGCCGGAGGUGGCGGCCGAGAAGCCGGUCGGAGCCCUGCUGGGCCCCGGAGCCGAGCGGGCGCGGAUGGGGAGCCGGCCCCGGAUACACCCGCUGGUGCCGCAGGUGCCCGGCCCCGUGACCGCGGCCAUGGCCACGGGGCUGGCCGUGAACGGGAAAGGUUCCUCUCCAUUCAUGGACGCGCUGACGGCCAACGGGACGACCAACCUGCAGACGUCAGUCACGGGCGUGACGGCCGGGAAGAGGAAAUUCAUCGAUGACAGACGAGACCAGCCCUUCGACAAGCGGCUGCGUUUCAGCGUGAGGCAGACGGAAAGCGCCUACAGGUACAGGGAUAUCGUCGUCCGGAAGCAGGACGGCUUCACCCACAUCCUGCUGUCCACGAAGUCGUCCGAGAACAACUCUCUCAACCCAGAGGUGAUGAAGGAAGUGCAGAGCGCCCUGAGCACGGCCGCCGCCGACGACAGCAAGCUGGUGCUGUUCAGCGCCGUGGGCAGCGUCUUCUGCUGCGGCCUUGACUUCAUCUACUUCAUCCGGCGCCUGACGGACGACCGGAAGAGAGAGAGCACGAAGAUGGCCGAGGCCAUCAGAAACUUCGUGAAUACUUUCAUUCAGUUUAAGAAGCCUAUUAUUGUAGCCGUAAACGGCCCAGCCAUUGGGCUAGGAGCGUCCAUCCUGCCUCUCUGUGACGUGGUUUGGGCCAAUGAGAAGGCUUGGUUCCAAACACCCUACACUACCUUCGGACAGAGUCCAGAUGGCUGUUCCACCGUGAUGUUUCCCAAGAUUAUGGGAGGAGCAUCUGCGAAUGAAAUGCUGCUCAGCGGACGGAAGCUGACGGCGCAGGAGGCGUGCGGCAAAGGCCUGGUCUCCCAGGUGUUCUGGCCCGGGACCUUCACCCAGGAAGUCAUGGUCCGCAUUAAGGAGCUCGCCUCCUGUAACCCGGUUGUGCUCGAGGAAUCCAAGGCCCUGGUGCGCUGCAACAUGAAGCUAGAGCUGGAGCAGGCCAACGAGCGGGAGUGCGAGGUGCUGAAGAAGAUCUGGGGCUCGGCCCAGGGCAUGGACUCCAUGCUCAAGUACCUGCAGAGGAAGAUCGACGAGUUCUGACGGCCGGGCUGCCCCAGACGACCCUGGAGUCGCAUCGUGCAGGCCGGCUGGGGCUCCCCGGGGCGCGGACCCACCCUCACAGCCUGAAACAGGUUCACGUGGAGCUCACGCUUGGAAGCAGGACUUGAAACAGCCAAGCUAUUUAUUACCAAGGAGUUUUUAAGUACUGUAACUUUAAAAUAAAUAACUACAAAGCUC